AUGGCAGGCUACCUGUCAUAUAAUUUGACAAAGGAGCUGAUAAACUACUACAGCUACCCUGUGAUCACCAACACCAAGUUGGAUGUGCAUGAGGAACUACCUUUUCCAGCUGUCACAUUCUGCAAUCUGAGUCCCUACAACCUUACAAGAGUUCGAGCAGUUGAUCCUUAUCUGGAGGAGUAUUUCGCUAAAACCAGCCUCUUCGGACCAUAUAUAGGCCCCAUAAAUUGGAGUGACCCUGGUUAUGGGUCAACUUUUCAAGAGAGCCACAACCGUGACUGGUGGAAAAAUAUAUACAUGUCUCUUACACAAAUGUUUUCUCUGUGUUGGAUGAACGGUAUGGAAUAUCACCCCUGCACCUUGGUAAUGAAACCUAUUUUGACUCACAUGGGACAAUGUGCCACCUUCAACUGGAAUGCUUCUGAUGCUGCUAAAGUUCGACUCACUGGAUCAGAUAACGGUCUCGUCAUGCAUGCGGAUAUUGGUCAUGCCAACUAUGUUCUUGGAUCUCAGCUGGCUGCUGGUAUGAAGUACCAGUACAUGCCACCACCGUAUCAGGCUUUCAAGAACCGAACAUGCCUGGAUACUUCAUCACCCUCAUUUACCAACACCCUUCAGUACUUCGACGUUUACACUUAUGAAAACUGUCUUCAAGAAUGCAUCACACUGAAAACACACGACCGAUGCGGGUGCAUCAGACCAGCAGAUAAUGCAACUAUUGGAAAAAUCUGUUCCAUAUAUACCUUCACUACAUGCUAUGACCCGGUUUAUGGUUAUUUCAUGCAGAAUGUGGAAAUUCUUCAAUCUUGCGGGUGCCAAGUGCCAUGUUCAUUCGAGACUUACGAUGUCAAGGUAUCCACAGCGAGAUUCCCCUCAAAUGUGACAUUGGCACUGGCUGUGAAGCUUGGGUUUGCACCAGAUGAGACAUUUGUCAGGGAAAACCUUCUCGAAAUUAGGGUUUUCUAUGAAAACCUGAUCGUUCAAUCAACAGAACAAACCCCUCAGUAUUCAACGGAGACUCUCAUAGGUAACCUGGGUGGACAGAUGGGCAUCUGCCUCGGAGCCAGCAUUCUGACUCUAACUGAACUCGGAGAGUUCCUCCUCAAAGUUUGUUUGACAAUCUUCAAGAAGAGAAGACAUGGCGGCCGAAUCGAACAUACCAAUGUCUCCCAUAACUAA